CAAGCCUAUUGCCCUAUUUUAUGAUAUUACAUGUAGUUUAGCAGUGGUUAGUUGUGUUUACUACAGGUACAUGGUUAGCAUAUGCACUGCCAACGGAAUGAGCUACAUCAGUGUUACCCGAGCUUCAUGUUGCAGAGUUCGGAGUUGAGCUUCUACAUUGAUGAUUUGAGCUAGCCUGCAUCCAGGUUAUGAACCUAACUGUGUUUACGCAAUGAGACAUGCUGUCAUUGCUACAAGACCAGCAAAAUUAGUCUCCAAUGUUGAGAAACACCCUGCUUUUCAGGUAAUUUCUGUAAUUAUUGAGAGAAAACUUGUAACAUCAGCUGGUAAAGUGCUGAUGAAUAUGGUAGAGCUACGAGAGUGAGUAACAAUUUCUAAAUAUGACAAUUCCUUUCCAGUAUUUAUUUACUAUUAUUCAAUUUUUUGAAGUGCAAAGCACAUGUAUCAACUUGUUUUGUUUUUCCAGUCUUUGCUGGGUCCAUUUUCCAUUUCCAUUAGAUAUAACGAAACAACGAUAAAAACAUUAAAUUCAAAAUUGAACAAUCUAAUUUUGUUUACUAACAAUAAGUCGGUUUAAGCUUCCGCCUAACAGAAAUAUUAUUUUGUGCUUAUCUAGACCAAAUGAAAAGACCCACAUAUUUUUUUGCAAUACACAUUUUUUCAGUCCAUUUCAGUAUUCCAAGUUUCCAACUCCUCGGACAUGCUCGGCUUAUUUCAUUAUUUAAAUUAUGCAAGACAAAAUGCUGAAAUAUAAAUUGAUAUUGGAAAUGGGGAUAAUGUUUGUUUAUUGGUAAAUAAUCCAGCAAACUUUCCGAAAAAAAGCAUGAUUUCUUGCAUUGGUUUAUGCUUCUGAGGUAAUAAUGAUCCUAAUCACAAUCCAAGAUGAAUACUCCACUAUACUAAUUUCAGUCAUGGACAAGUUCCAUUGAGCCCAGUGAUUAAAUAACUUAGUUUACACAUUUUGUACAUCAACAUUUUAAAUUAACACCUAGCAAUCUGUAAUCUUUAUUAAUAAUCUAUUAAUUACUCCAUCUUUUCAUGCAUAUUCUUGCUAUAGAUACACCUUUUUAUCUCCCUAUUUAAACAUGCCUGCUUACCAGAAUUUAAACAUCGAAUACUUGCUUAAUUCCCUCUCUUGUUGAUUAUUUUGCCUUUUUGGUGUGUUUCAUCUCCAAAAAUGGCUUCUAAAGGGUUAAUUUUCAUGCUAGCGUUUGUGAUUUUAGUUACAAGAAUGGUCUCGUCCGCAGGAGACGUCGAAAAUAUUGAAAUCGAGAACAACGACCAUCGCCACCACCAUCACCACCACAAGCAUGCCAAAGCACCGGCUCCUGCCCCCGUCUACACUCCACUACAUGCACCAGCUAAGGCCCCCAUCCACCACCAACACCAUGAGCAUGCCAUAGCACCGGCUCACGCCCCUUCCCACCACCACCACAAGCAUGCCAUAGCUCCUGCUCAUGCCCCCCUCCCCCACCACGAGCAUGCACCGGCUAAAUCCCCUGCUCACUCACACAAGGCACCUGCCUCUGCACCAAUUCCUCCACCACAUGGUUGUGUGGCACAAUGUGCAUCAUACUGCAAACCGGUUAGCCCGAAAAGGCCCUGCAUGAGGAAAUGUACCAUGUGCUGUGCCAAGUGCAAAUGUGUGCCUGGUUCCACAAAAUGCCACAACUGGAACAGUGUCGAAAUCCACGGCCAUCUCGUCAAGUGCCCUUGAAACCCAACACUCUUUUAUUCAUCUUUUCCUACUUCGUUGUCAUCUUCCUCGUCUUAUCUCUUAUGUGUCCGUGUCAGUUCAUCAGUGUACCAAGAACAAAAAAUUAACUUUGUUAUCUUUUGUUAUGAGCUAAGUUUUCUAUAUUGUUAUGGA